AUGCGGCUGCCAGAAUCCAGGGAUGGGGGAGAUGGUCGACCGCUCGCCCCCGCUGAGGGCGGGCGGAGGGGAACCGGGCCCCCCAAGGACGUGGAGCCUGGGGGAGCCCUCCCCUCGGAACCGCUUCUUGACAAACCGGCCCCUGCCAACGUGUCCAGCCUGGCCCAGCAAGGGCAGGGGAGAAAGGGGGAUUCCCGCCUCCGGGAAAAUUCAGCGCCCACGCCUCCGGGCCUGCUCACGAAGGACGCGUCCGGGUGCCCGAUCGGUGCCAGCAGGCCCGGUCUCGUAAACGAGCCCUCCCACUGGCUCCGGCGGGAACGAAACUUACGAAUCCCGGCGACGUUCCUGCCCACUGGACGCGGGCCGGCGGCACCAGCCGGCAGCGCUCCCAGGAUGAUCCCGGCCCGGCGACAGCAGUCGAUCGGGACGACUUUGUCUCUUGCCGACUGCUGGGGGGACCGCGGCGCGCCCAGUUGGCUCCCGGGCCCAGGGCAAGCAGAAAUGGGCCACGUGGCCCGCGGAGGUGCCCGGUCCGGACUGGACCCGGGCGGGAAGAAGCCACGCGGGCACCCGGCCGGGGGGCACUACCCCACACACCCUCUGGCUCCCUACUGA